CAGCAGCAGCAGCAGCGGCCGCGGUGGUUGUGGUUGUUGUGGUGACAGCGGCGGUGGCGGCGUUUGUGGCAGAAGCUGUGUUUUCAUCAGUGUAAUGUUCAGAGAAGCUCCAGAAUUAUGUAAGAGUGACGUGGUGUGAUCCCCUUCAGCCUCGUGGCCGCUUCCUUCCUUUCCUCGCUCACAAAAGCUCAAAAGGACAUCUGUCGUCGACUUGUAGCCGAUGCCGAAGCCGCUCGUUGUCAUGGAGAAGACCCCCCCCGAGAGGCUGAGGAUGCUGGCGUUGGCGCUGGAAGACGCGGGGCGAUGGAUGUAGCGCCGGUGUGUGUGUGUGUGUGUCCGCGACGCCGAGGACGAGCAGAGGAUGAAGUUUAAGAAGUUCAUCACCAUCAUGCAGGCGGCCAUGGGCAUCGUCCCCCUCAACAAACGAGAGCUGCUUCCGCCCGGCAGGAAACUGUGGAGACCGCCGGGGGAUCAGCCUGGUUCUGACCAGACCCGUACUGAACUGUUAAAGUCCGGCCGUAAGUUCUGCUGGACCAGAGAAGCCCAGUACCUGUACCUGCGACGCCUGUCCUCACGCAGCUUCUCGGCGAUUAUGAUGAACCCGGUCAUGGAGGAGACCGUGUGGGAGCAGUACACCGUGACCCUGCAGAGGGAUCCAAAGAUGGGCUUUGGCAUCGCGGUGUCGGGGGGGCGGGACAACCCCAACGAGGACAGCGGGGAGACGUCCAUCGUGGUGUCCGACGUCCUGCAGGGUGGACCUGCCGAUGGCCUGCUGUUCGAGAACGACCGGGUGGUGCAGGUCAACGCCAUCCCCAUGGACGGAGUCGUCCACUCCUUCGCCGUCCAGACCCUCAGGAAGUGCGGCAAAGUGGCCAAAAUAACGGUCAAGAGGCCCAGGAAGGUGCCCGUCAACCUCCUGAACCGCCCGCCGUCCCCUGACGACAGAGUCUUCAACAACGACUACAAUGACGACUACAACUAUGAGCAGGACCGCCGCAGCGUGUACAGCGGCCGCAGUGGAGGGGGGCGGGACCACAGCCUGGAGCGGGAUCGAGGCGGGGGGGGCUACAUGGAUUCUGGAUAUCACACCCGUGAGCGAGACUACGACCGAGACUACGACCGGCGAGAACGAGGCCGGAGCGCCGAAAGAGACCUGAGCCCGGACCGCCAGUACAGGAGGGACGGCAGCAGAGGGCGCACUUUGGACCGGGAGCGCAGCCCGGACCGCCGCUACCGGAGCGAGCACAUGCUGGACCGCGAAUACAGCCCAGACAGGAGGUACCGGGACCACAGCCCCGACCGGCGCUACCGCAGUGAACGAGCCCUGGACCGCGACUACAGCCCGGACCGCCACUACCGCGCCGAGCGUCCUCUGGACCGAGCCAACAGCCCAGACCUGCGCUACCGACGCGACAGCCCGGGACGCGGACGUAUCCCCAGCGACCCGCGCAAAUACGAAGAACCAAUGAGGAGGAGCGGGAGCAGGGACCGCCUGGACCGCUCGCCAUCACCUGCCGCUGUGCCCAUCCCCCUGCCCCGCCCAGCCCGGGACCAGGAGCCGCUGGAGAAACCACUCAACGUGCUGCUGCUGAAGAACCGGCCCAACGAAGAGUACGGUCUCCGUCUGGGCAGUCAGCUCUUCAUCAAGGAGAUGACCAGCACCGGCCUGGCCAGCAAAGACGGAAACCUGCAGGAGGGAGACAUCAUCCUGAAGAUUAACGGCACCGUGACGGAGAACCUGUCGCUGACCGACGCCGGGAAGCUGAUCGAGAAGUCCCGUGGGAAGCUGCAGCUGGUGGUUCAGAGGGACCGGCGGCAGAUCCUCAUCCGGGUCCCGCCCAUGGUCGACAGCGACUCGGAGCUCGAUGAUAUCUCUGAGAUCGAGUCUUACCGCUCGUACUCGCCGCAGGACGAGCGUCGAAUACACCACUCCGACCUGUCGUCUCAUUCGUCCAAUGAGAGGCUGCGAGAGAAGCCCAGAGAGGACCCGCCCAACAGACUGGCCAAAAUGGGCGCCAUGGCAACGCCAUUCAGAGCACCUGACAGAGCCGUGGAAGACACGCCCCCUUUGCAGACAGAGAGGGAGGAGCCACGAGCAGAAACACCCCCAGUUCCGGUCGCUGUGGCAACGAAGGUUCACGCUCCUCCUAAAGUCCCUCUGAAACCCAGCGCGGAGGACCAGGACAUCUACGGGCCCAACACCGUCAUGGUCCGGUUCCAGAAAGGUGACAGUGUGGGUCUGAGGCUGGCGGGAGGAAACGACGUGGGCAUCUUCAUCGCCGGCGUUCAGGAGGACAGUGCUGCUGAGCAGGAGGGCCUGAGAACUGGAGACCAGAUCAUGAAGGUGAACAACAUGGACUUCAGAGGGAUGGUCCGUGAAGACGCCGUCCUUUACCUGCUGGAGAUUCCUAAAGGAGAAGAGGUCACCAUUUUAGCUCAGAGCAAACCUGAAGUGUAUAAGGACAUCCUGGCGUCAGGCAGAGGAGACUCGUUCUUCAUCAGGACUCAUUUCGAGUAUGAGAAGGAGGCUCCUCAGAGUCUGCCCUUUGCCAGAGGAGAGAUCUUCAAAGUCACAGACACUUUGUACGACGGCAAACUGGGAAACUGGUUGGCCAUCCGCACAGACAAAGACAACCAGCUACUGGAGAAAGGAAUUAUCCCCAACAAGAGCAGAGCAGAACAAAUGGCUAACGUCCAGAAUGCCGCUCGCGCCGCCUCCGGUAACGACAGAGGAGACUUCUGGAGGCUCAGAGGUCAAAGGGCAGCGAAGAAGAAAGACCUCCGCAAGAGUCGAGAGGAUCUGAGCGCCGCGCCGGUCACCACACGCUUCCCAGCGUACGAGAGGGUGGUUCUACGAGAAGCUGGUUUCAGGAGGCCCGUGGUUAUUUUCGGUCCCAUUUCCGACGCCGUCAACGACAAACUGGCCAACGACCUCCCCGACGAGUUUGUCGUGGCUAAAACUGAGCCCAAAGAUGCAGGAUCGGAGAAAUCGUCCGGUGUGGUGAGACUGAACACAAUUCGACAAAUCAUCGAACAGGACCGCCACGCCCUGCUGGACGUGACGCCCAAAGCCGUGGACACCCUGAACUACACCCAGUGGUACCCCAUCGUGGUCUUCCUGAACCCAGACUCCAAACAGGGGGUGAAGACCAUGAGGAACCGCCUCGUACCCGGGUCCAACCGCAGCGCUCGCAAACUGUACGAGCAGGCGGUCCGGCUGAGGAAGACCUGCACGCACCUGUUCACAGCGACCAUCGACCUGAACUCGGCCAACGACGCCUGGUACGGCAGUGUCAAGGACUCGAUCCGGGAGCAGCAGGACCGAGCCGUUUGGGUCUGCGAGGGCAAGUUGGACGGGUCGGAGGAGGACCUGGAUCUCCAUGACGACCGUAUGUCCUACCUGUCGGCCAUGAGCGCCGACUACUUGAGCAUGGACAGCCGUCUGACCAGCGACUACGAGGACACGGCCGACGAGGGCGGGGCUUACACUGACAACGAGCUGGACGAGACGCUGGACGAACCCCAGCCGGUGUCGGCCAUCAGCCGCUCCUCAGAACCGGUUCUGCCGGACGACCGGCCCCACCCUGAACCUCGUGCUCGUAUGCGGCGCUCCGGCAGCAGAGAGAUGCUCCACAGAGAACCCAGCCCUCCCCCUUCAUUUAUCCCUGAACCCCCUAAGGUUCGAUCUCAGACUCGGACCGACUCGUCGCGGAGUUUCGACUCUCACUCCAGCAGCACCAUCAGCAGCAGCGACGCCGCCGCCAACAAACCACUGCCCCCCCCUGUGGCCCUGAAGCCCAGCGUCAGCCGCCUCAGCCACAACCAGAACCAGAACCAGAACCUGCCGUCAGAUGAAACGAGCCCGGGACCUGGAGAUGAGGAGGACCCAGCAAACAAGUCCUUCCUGGGCAAGAAACCUGGUGAGCAGAUCAAGGCGUUUGAGAAGAUGGACCACCUGGCCCGGGCCCAGAGGCUCCUGGAGCUGCAGGAGGCCGAGAGCGCUCGGCUGGAAAUCGCACAGAAGCAUCCGGACAUUUACGCCGUCCCCAUCAAACUGCCAAAGCCCAACCUCAACCGUCCACAGCCAAUCGGGUCCAGUUCCAACCCGGACCCCCAGGCCCCCUCCAGACCCCCGUACUCUGAGUCCAGAGGCCCCGACGACGACGACGAGGCCGAGUACCGACGACAACUGACCGACCAAACCAAGAAAGGGUACUACAACCCCCAGAAGUACAAGGACACCGAGCUGUAGACACACACACACACACACACACAUACACACAUACACACGAAUAUACACAAAUACACACACACACACACAUACGCACAUACACACGAAUAUACACAAAUACACAAAUACACACACAUACGCACAUACACACGAAUAUACACAAAUACACACACACACAUACGCACAUACACAUGGAUAUACACAAAUACACACACGGACGACAAAAGCCCAACGCAGCGGAACUUCAGCCUCAGAGCAAGAACACACGUCACAACAGAAACUGUUCAAAUGUUCAACAUUAAAUCAGUUCUAAUGCUGCCUUCAUGUGCUGUGGGAAUUAUGGGAAACACUAAUUACAAACUGUAAAACUGCACAUAAACGCCCCCUCACGUCAUAUUUUCCACUGGAGAACAGAUGAAAAUGACCUCUGACCUUUUCAACAUGGAGGAGAAGGAUGAGGCGUUCAUGGCCAACGGUAAACGAUGGUUUUAUUCACGUUCUGCUGCCGUUAAUGGACGAUUCGGACAUUUAUAGGAUGAACAAUGUGCAAAAAAAUGGAUCGGAUGAAUUAACGCGUCACCAUAAAUUACGUCUCAGCCAUUUUUCAUUUUGUUACGACAACAAAAGCGCUUGAAUGCAGCGCAAAAGUAAUUUCACAUUCACAAGUGGAAACAAUUAUUUUUCCGACACCUGAAGGAAGGACACCUGCACCUGAAGGCAGCAUAAAAGUGAACUGAUGGGAGAAAAACCUGAUGAUCCGUCUGAUUUCAGCGUUCACCUCUGCACUAACCACACCAGAUGAAUAUUUUCUGAUUGAAGUGAAUAAACUGUAGAAAAAUGACAAACGUGAUUCAAGUUUUAAUCGUCACAGAAACAAAACAG